GGCGGCGCGUCGCUGUCGCUCGUUUCAGUUUCGGUCUGCGGGGCCGCACCUCGCUUGAGCGGCGCCAUCUGGGUUGGUGCCGCGGGGCGGCUCCGGAGCAGAGGGGAGCGAGCCCGCCGCGCCCCCUCCCCCCGUCAGACCCCGCGAGCCGACAUGGGGCUCGCCCGCCGCCUCUCCGCGCUCGGCCUGCUGCUGCUGCUGCGCGCCCUGCUGGUAUGCACCCAGUCUCAAGAUCAAGAGUCUGUGUUUGCCAUUGUGGGAGAAGAUUUUACUUUUUCACCAAAAGUUAACGGAACUAUAAAAGAAAUUACCUGGAUGAAAAGAAAAGAUAAAGUGGCUGAAUGGGAAGGUGGUGUUGGGUCACCUACAUAUUAUUCUAGCUUAGCAGAGAGAGGAAAGCUUGAGACAUCUUCUGGCAAUUUUACCAUCAAAAAGUUAAACGCUGGUGAUGCUGCAGAGUAUGAAGCACAAGUUCUGCCUGGUAAUGAUGGCCCGCUCCAAUAUACAAAAUUUAUACUUGAAGUAUUGGAUCCUCCUCCACCAUCAGUAUUAAAUUGCAGCGUCACUAAUGGUCAGAUUAGAAUAUCAUGUGCGAUACAGUUCUCGAAGGAUGUGCACUACAGUUGGUAUCGGAAUGACAGAAAAAUUGACGCUAAUAGUCCUGUUCUUGAACUUAAAGAAAAUGCAGACCCUUCAGGGAAAGUUUUGUGCGUCAGAGAAGUUUCCAAAACAAAAAUCAACGACUCAAUCUCUCUGAGCGCGUGUUUCCCAGAGAGUGAUAAAAGUAUUUCAAGAGGUAGAGAUGGUUUAAUAGCAAUUUUUGUUAUUCUUCUUCUUCUCCUUCUAUUCAUGGGCGCACUCUUCGUUCUGUGGAAAAGAGGUUUGCUUUCCAGCAUUCUCCGUCGGAUACCCACAAAGCACUCAGCUGUAUAUAAGCCUGAAGAACAACACCUUACAGACGAUGAUAGAUUCCCGGAAGAAAGUGGCCAAACAGAAGGUUACACACCUGCAGAUCCUGAAUAUGAAAAUUCACGUGAUUUUGAAGUUGCAGCUCAUCAAUCAGGCGAAGCAGCAAAGUCGAUGCAGGUAGGAGAAGAUGUGCGAGUGAGCCUCCAGGACAGUAACGAAAGCCAAGCUGAGAGAGGAAGCCACAAGAAAGAGGGAAAUUUAUUCCACACAUGGACGAAAAAAAUUAGGGGGAACAUUGAUCGGGUCAGAUCAAGCCAGACACACAAGACAGAUGAAGAGAAGAGCUCAAAAGAGACUGAAUCAAUGAACCAACCUGACCCUCCCUCCAAUGAAGAGAAUCCAGACUAUAAAAAUAUCUCAGACAGGAAUCAGGAGCCCGGUAUGGAAGAGAACAGGAAUGUGUUAGACCCCUGUAUGACCAUGUCUGGGGAAAAGGAAAAGAAGAACUCAAAAGAGACUGUAUCAACGAGCCAGGCUGAUCUUUCCUCCAAUAAAGAGAAUCCAGACUAUGAAAAUAUCUCCAAGGAGAAUCAGGAGCCAGAUGAAGAGAAGAGCUCAAAAGAGACUGAAUCAAUGAACAAACCUGACCUUCCCUCCAAUGAAGAGAAUCCAGACAGUGAAAAUAUCUCAAGCAGGAAUCAGAAGCCAGAGGAAAAGAAGAACUCAAAAGACACUGUAUCAAUGAGCCAGGCUGAUCUUUCCUCCAAUGAAGAGACUCCAGACAGUGAAAAUAUCUCAAGCAGGAAUCAGAAGCCAGAACUCAAGGCUAAAUCAAUGAACCUGCCUGACCUUCUCUUCAAUCAAGAGAAAACAGAUCUUAAACUGCAAAGUGAGGCAGACUAACAACACAAUGGACUAAACUUCAUUGCGGCAUGACAAAAGACACUGAGAGAAGAAAUAGCUUCUCUGGAUGUUGCCCAUGAGUGCUCCCUAACAGAUGUGUUUUGAAGAUUUGUUCUCAAGCUUCAUAGACUAUCAGGGUUGGAAGGGACCUCAGGAAGUCAUCUAGUCCCAAUCCCCAACUAAAUCCCUAAGUGGCCCCCUCAAGGAUUGAGCUCACAGCCCUGGGUUUAGCAGGCCAAUGCUCAAACCACUGAGCUAUCCCUUCCUCCAAUGCCCACUUUUAUCUUUCCAGGACGGACGCUCUCUUUCUUCAAUGUCCAUUAUUUUGAAAAUGGACAGAGUGAGUCAAGGAGCAAGUCCCUUUGAAUCCGUGCUUCUUUUUGUACUUUUGUUUUACAAGCAAGUGAACAUGAAACAUAGGAGCCAGGUUUAUUUAUGCCAAUGUUUCCAGACAUUAACUAACACGAGAAUGGGGACAAAUAAAAAACUAAUGGAUGUGAUAUAAAACUCUAACUGUAACAUUAUUUAAAUUCAGAAGAGAAGAGUGUUCAGAGGGCGACUCUCAUUUUCUCCGCCUCCUAUCUGAAAGGAAAGGCCACAACGACACUGUCCAUGCAGAGAUGAGCAACAGCUUUCCUGGCUCUUGUUUCUAUCUGUCCUUUCAGAAAGCACCACCAUCACCUUCCACCGCCACCACCAAAUUCUGAUUUUUUUUUUAAUAGCAAAAGGCAGACACACCUUCUUGCUCAAUGGAGAUGGUAUCAACUCUGCUAUUUACUCUAGCCCAGCGGUUCUCAAACUGUUGGUUGGGCUCAAAAGUGGGUCAUGGCCCUGUUUUAAUGGGGUCACCAGGGCUGGUGUUAGACUUGAAGCCAAAGUCUGCGCCCCUCUGCCCAGGAGGGGGGCUGAAGCCAAAGCCCGAGGGCUUCAGCCUUGGGCAGCAGGGCUCAGGCUUCAGCUUCAGCCCUGGGCAGCGGGGCUCAGGUUAUGGUGCCCCCUCACCCCCACCCAAGGGGGCAGGACUCAGGCUUCGUUCCGUCUUCCUGGAGUAGUGUAGUAAUUUUUGUUGUCAGAAGGGGGUCACGGUGCAAUGAAGUUUGAGAAUCCCUGCUAGCCAAACAAUGUAUCCUCAGACUCCAGGGUAAGUGUCAAGAGCAAUUGCGUCUGUGGCACCCACAACUGUGUCAAAACAGCUGAUCUGAAAGCAUCAGCACAGACACUUCAUUCACUAUCAGAAGGAGAUUAUCAACCAAUGAAACUAGUAGAGUCUCUGUGCCAAACCCAGGUCUCAAACUGGUGUGAUCAGAGUCAAGGCAAUUGGAGGACUCCAGAUACUGAACGUCAUUUUUCCCUCUGUAAUCUUCUUCCCAAAGAAGGAAACCAUUAAGUCACUUUCUUAAGAAAGAGUGGCACCCACUUGCAUAGGUCCCUCCAACUGGAUGUUGUACAAAAAGGAAAGAAACAACCACUGACCGGGAGAAAGGUAUUCCAUUUUUAAUAUUGUUUCAUUGCAUUACUUUAAAAUGUUUUUAGUAACACUGAUAAAGAAUUUUUAGAAAUAGGGCCAGAUUUACUGGUAUGUUCCAACUGCUUUGCAUUAUAGCCCAUGAGCUUUAACUUGACAACAAACCAAAUUAGUGUCCAAAUUGAUAUGAUAUUGAAGUCAUAAGAGAAAGUCAAACUCAUAGUGCAGCUCUAGGUUAUCCUUUCCUAUGAGCAAGCCUUUCAACUGCUAACGUUCUAGGGAAAGUGCACAUCUUACCUUUCAUGCCAUUAGGGUGCCAAAAUUUAAUAACCAGAUUGUUUGAUGCACUCCUUUGUGAUUAUAGAGCUGGUUACUCACUUAAUGCUCACCCAUUUUUGCACGACACUUGAAAAUCUGUGGAUGCUAUACAGGAAUUAGAUAUUAUCCCCUUUUUACAGAUGGGAAAAGAAAGGCAAAAAAGUUUAAAACUGUAUUUUCAAAAGACCCCGCAAAUUUAGGGUGCCCUUUUGAGAUACGUGGGGCUUAAUUUUUCAGACGUGCUGAGCACCCACAGCUCUCACUUCAGCAUCUCUGCAAGUCAAGGCUUUGAUGUAUGAAGUUAGCAACCCAAAAAAUCUGCAUACUUUAGGGCAGUGGUUCUCAAAUAUUUUUCUUUGUGGACCACUUGAAAAUUGCUGAGGAUCUGAGUGGACCACUUAAUGAUCUUUCCAGAUGUUGUUUGUACCGUUAGCUAACUAUUGCAAAGUGCUUUGGAUAAAAGCACAAUAUAAAAAAAAUCUUAAUAUUAACUUUUUUUGUUCCACUAAUAAAACCACACAACUCAUUUUAAUAUCAGUAGUCUUACCUUUCUAAUGCAAUGGAUGUGCCCUCUCUCCCCCGAGCUGUAGCUGGGAAGGAGGGGCGUCUCUCCCCCACCACAACAGCCACAGAGCUGAGGCUGGGAAGGAGGGAGUUCUCUCCUUCUCUCCCCUACUGCAGCAGCCCCCAAACUGGGGCUGGGAAGGAGGGGUGUCUCUCCUGGCAGCCGCAGUCCUGGAGCUGGGGAAGGUCGCCUCUUUCUCUGGCCGCUGCAGCCCUGCACAUCCCAAAUUCCCCCCACCCUCUCCUCUCACCCACUGCCCCCUCCCACCUACCCCUAUUCCCCCCAAGGCCACCACCUCACCUUAUAUGUGCGUCUUCUCCAGGGUCCAGACACCUAAUUAGUGGAGCCAUGCCUGCGUGGCUCCACUAAUUAGGUGGAUGGCCCUUCAUUCUCUCAUGUGUGGCAGCCCAGGCCCACACCUUAGAGCAGGCCUGCACAACAUGCGGCCCACGUGGGCUCACUGUGCGGCCCGUGGGGGGGUGAGUAGGUAAGCAGCGGCUGAGGAGGCGAGCGGAUGGGCAGUGGCAGGAGGUGAGUA